CGUAUAUCUCCCCGAUCACCGGGUCGCGAGGUGGAAUCAAACGUGUGUAUCGCGUGAGCGGUACCGGGGAAAGGGGGAGGGGGGGCAGAUGAUCACCGCGACGACCACCAACGGGUGGACGGGCGAUUGCGACCAACGAGCAUGAGCAGGUUGCAGGUCGAAGAUUCUGUGAUACGAUAGAUGAAACACCAUCACUCAAGCAGUCUCACUCGCCAUGCUCCUUCCUUUUAUCGUCUGAUCAAUUGAUCAUCAUCAAGCCACCCGAUCACCUGAUGAUCCAAUAGAAACAAUUUGAAACGCAACGCGAUCCCUCCCAGGACAGGUUAUACCGGAUACCCAAAGUCGACCUGCCUCAUGUUAAGCUGGAACUCGUAAUAAUGUCGAACCCUAAACCCAAAUCCAGUCCGCGUCCACUCCGUAUCAACCCAAACCCAAAUCACAACUACCAUUCGACCUCGCCUUCACCUUCCUCCACCUCUUUCCAUAUCAACUCGAACCCCUCUUCCUCCUCGGCUUCUUCUUCGUCCUCUUACGACACCUCGAACCAGGAUCGACGACCUGGACGUCGAAUCGAUUUCUCCGAGAGACGAGGCCGAGAUCAAGGACUCGGACUAGGGUUGGAGAGGUUUGGCUUCCUCUUCCGCUGGUUCGGAGGACGAGCUCGCGGAUCAAGCCGGCGGAGAGACCCGGACGAUCUGACAGGUCAAGACUUGCCACGGUCUUCCAGCUCGAGUUCAAGAUCGACCCGCCGGAGGAACACCUUCUCGAACCCUAUGCCGCUAUCUAAUCCGGGCUCCAGCUCCUACUCUAAUGGUCGGUCCGGCUCCAUCGGCUCGAACAGAAGCCUGAGCAGGAUAUUUUCCCCGAACAAGCUUAUUCAUCUUUUAAGAACCCCACGUCGAGCGCUCUUCUUAUUGCUACUUGCCGGGGUACUCACACUGGCUUGGCUGAACUCGGGGUUCGCUGGAGAUAGCAUCCUUGCGGCGAGGAACGGCGCGCAAUUAGGACGAUCUGGAUCUGGGUUGGGGAAUCUGGGUCUGAACAGGGUGAGGUGGAAGACGGACAAGGAUCCACCUUCUCCUCGUCGAGGUUCGAACCUGAAGCAUGAUCAGGUCGCAGAUGGGGUCAGGGAUAGGAUGCACCCGGUCUGGCUAGACAGGGGACAAGGGAAUGGGAAAGACUUUCAUCGAGCUUCGACGGGGGUAGUCGCUGGGUUCGAGAGAGAGUCUUCCGAGCGGGCAAGAGAUCAGGAGCGGGACUGGGAGCGGGACGGCAGGGAAGCGGGCGGAGUAGUCGCAGAUGAAGCAGUUCUCGAAGAUGAACAAGAAGACGAGGAUCCGAACGCAGACGUAGAUGUGAGGUCAGAACGAGAUGACCACGAUGAUCGGGAAGAAGAGGACGACGUUCAGGAAGAUCAAGAGUCUCAAGAGGGAAUGUCCGACACGACAGAAGAAUACUCGGACGGACUUUCACGGGACACAGAGGCGGGACGGGGAACGGACCUGGCCAUCGACCAUGACGACAGCGACGACUACAUUGACGAGUACGACGAAUACUUUGAGGAUUUCCAGUGGGGCGAUGAGACGGGCCUGAGGGUAUUGACCGAGGAAGACCUCUAUGAUGACGACGAUGACCCCAAUGUCAACGUUGACGACGCGGGAUCCGAUAUCGACCUUGACGCGGAUUUCGAGUCCGACGGUGAGGCCGACGAGGUGUUUUUCGACGAGUCCGAAUUCGAAUUGGGAUCCGAAGCCGACGACGAGGAGGAAGAAUCCGAGGAAGCUCGUCAAGCCCGGAUCCAAGUAUGGCGCGAUCGAAACCGGCUUGCGAACCGGGUGCCCUUGCGAGAUUUACCGUUCGAUAGCGAUUCGAUGAACGACGAAAAGGAGGAUGAACAGCAGCCCGCCUGGAUGGAAGGGCUUGAGGAGGAGAUGAAGGACGAUGGGGAGUGCAGGUUCGAGAGCCCGGUGGAAGCUUAUCAGAGAGCGUUAACGAGGUUGAGAAAGCAGAAGUUGGCACAGAUGUCAAAGUCUGUUACUGAAGAUGACAGCGAUUAUGAGGAGGAAGAAGUGGAUGUUACUGCGGAAGACAUCGAAAGGCUUUCACACCCUACGCUAGCUUCUCAUACUCUGCCCGACCUGCCUGGAGCACACAAGUAUUCGCCUACCGGACAUCUCGUCAUCUCGACGGAUGAGCAGGCGGCGGAACAUCCGAUCCCACAGCUGUUGAAACUCGGGGAAAGGCGAUGGGAAGAGAUGAUCGGAAGACAGAGCAGGACUUUAAGCGAAGCUGUGGAUGAAUACAAGAAGAGGUACGGACGGGCACCGCCUAGAGGAUUCGAUGUCUGGUGGAACUUUGCGCAAGAAAACUCCUUGUUAUUGCCGGACGAAUACGAUCGAAUUCAUCUUGACCUGGCACCCUUCUGGGCGCUGCCACGGGCCGAGAUGAGGAAGCGCGUGAGACAGGCGAUGGACGUUAAGGAGACUUUUGUGCUCGUUGUCGAUAACGGGACGGUUUCGGUUGAGGUCCUAGACAUGGGAGGCCUGAACUGGGGCGGGACGCUGCCUAGAGCGAAGGAUGCCGCGAGCCUCAUUCGUCCGUUCGCGCAGCAUCUCCCCGAUAUGCGUGCCGUCUUCUCCAUCCACGAUCAGCCUCAGAUAUACUUGUCCGCGACACGUAGGGCCAGCUUGAUCGAACUCGGUCUUCGUGGGGAGCAUACCAGCCACUUGAACGAGAGUCACUCUUCCGAGAUCCGUUGGGACCGGAGCUGUCGUCGCGAGUCUAACUUGAGGAACCCCAACAAGCACGAAGUGGACCAACGAGGUAGCUUGGUCUACGACACCUCGGAGGCGACCGACAUGUGUAAAAACCCUUAUCUGCUUGAUCUGCAUGGCUUUACCGUCGAAAAGCGCGGACCUGCAUCACAUCCGAAACCCAGGACCAACUUGAUCCCGCUUUUCGGUCUGGCCAAGACUUCGAUCAACUCCGACAUCCUCAUCACUCCCCUCGACCAAUUCGCCGAUGCGCCUGGGUUCGAUCCUCCUUGGCGGUUCAAGCGAUCGCAGCGAGUCGCCUGGCGCGGCAGCACUACCGGAAUAUCGUGGAUGGACAAAGACACGCCAUGGGAGAAGUCUCAUCGGUUCAGGCUGCAUAACUUUGCUCAGAACGCUUCCGAGGCAGAGACGACCUUUAUGGUACCAGACAUCGGAACCGAAGGAGGACCCUUGCGCAUGAAAAAGGAGACGGGACCGACAGGCAACCUGUCCGCCUUUUUCUACGACAUGAAACUCGCUGGCGAGCCCUUGCAGUGCAACGAGACGGAUGGUACUUGUAAUGACAUGGACGAUAAGAUCGAUUUUGCGGACUUCCAACCAGCAGAAGAGCUCAAUGAAUACAAGUUUUUGUUCGAUAUUGACGGCAACUCGUGGUCUGGCAGGUUCCGCCGUCUCAUGAAUACGAAAUCAGUGGUGCUCAAGACUGGUAUUUUUACCGAGUGGUUCCAGCCCCAUUUGAUACCCUGGUUCUCGUACAUCCCGACUCGUCUCGAUUUUUCGGAUCUUCCAUUGAUCUUGUCCUUCCUGCGGGGAAGCCCUGAAGCGCCGGACGACGGUUUCGACGAGGUUGCCGAAGCGCUGGCCAAUAAUGGGCGAUGCUUCACCCGCAAGAUCUUCCGCCUGGAAGAUAUGCAGGCGUACAUGUUCCGGUUGUUCUUGGAAUAUGCGCGACUGAUGGCUCCUUCGGACGAUAAUGUCGACUUUGUCUUUGACGCGAGCAUGACCGACGAGGGAGACAUCGCGAGGAUCAACACGCCAGAAUUCUUUGCAGAUGAUUCCAAGAUCUGGCGUGAACAGGAUCAGGCCGAGCCUGAGGUAGAAAAUAACAUGUGGUAAACAGCCAAGGUUUGAACAAGUGUAUUGUAGAGUUGUAAAAAGGGUUUCACAGGUUCGUAGCAUAGCAUUAUUUUCUACAUCGAGGU